AUGGUCAAAUUUCUACUGCUGGCUUUGGCAUUUGGUCUGACUCAAGCUCAUGCUGAGCUUGAAGGAAAGUGGGUUACUAUUGCCAUCGCUGCUGAUAAUGUGGACAGGAUAGAGGAAGGAGGACCUAUGAGACUCUACUUUCGUGAAGUUACUUGUAAUGAAGACUGUAGUCAAAUGGAAUUCACAUUUUAUGUCAAUGCGAAUAACCAAUGUUCAAAGACCAAAGUCACUGUGUAUGAGCAAGAAGAUGGCAACUACAAAACCCAGUUUGAAGGUGAUCAUGUAUUUAAACCUGUGGCUGCAACAGAAGACAACAUAGUCUUUGUUGGUGAUAAUGUGGAUAGAGCCAGCCGGAGAACAAAAUUGAUUUUUGUUCUUGGAAAAGGUCAACCCUUGACUCUUGAGCAACGUGAGAAAUUUAAGGCGUAUGCUGAGGAAAAUAGCAUUCCACCAGAUAACAUUCGAGAAGUUCUGUCCACAGAUACUUGUCCUGAAUAUUGA